AUGGCUUCAACGUCUACCCAAGAUCACGGUCAGCGCAUUGAUGCCAGUAUGGUUGUCCAGCAGGUUCUAGGAAAGCUGGACCAUGUCUGUGAGCAUCUGCGCAAUCGAGGCGAAAACGAUGCCGCCAAUUCCAUCGCGAAGAAUACAAUCGAAAUUGUCGAGACCUUCAACCAAGUCACCGCUCCUUGGGAUCUUCAGAUGUUUCUGAUGGCUCCUCCCUCACAGAGACCUCGUCCCGGCCUGGCCAAUGCUGGCACUGCCACUCAGCCCCGUCCCGCCGUCGCCACUGCAGGAAGCUGGGCUUCGGUCGCCGCCAGCGCAGUCAAGAAGAACAAGAACGGGAUCAUCAAAUACGCACCGUCCGAUACAAUCGUGAAGCGAUAUGUGGAGCCUGAAGCUACUCCUGAAGAUAUGCGCGUCGUUUGGGUUCAGGGCUGGAAGCCAGGUCGCCCUCUCGGACAGAUCACUCAAUAUAUCACACAGGGGCCUAUCUGCUCCAUGGCGUACUCAUCUGACCACGAAGCCAUUUGCAUAAUCUUCCAAUUUGCGAGCUCUGCCCAGUCGCUGGUCGAAUCAAGCGCCAUGUACGAGGAGGAAACGGGCGAAUGUCUCUUUGGUCACGGCUGCGGCGUGAUUAUGGGCCAGCCGUACCCAAUGACAACUGACCUAAAGCGCAUGGGCGCUCCUACCCACGAGAGACGUCGGCUCACCUUUGCUCGAUCUCAGCUCUUUGCCCACGGAAUGACUGAGACUCGGUUCCGCGACGACAUCUAUGACAUGGUCGGCGAAGCUAAUGUUGAACUGGUUUGGCUCUUUAACACGGGUAAUGCGACUGUGGUGUUCUCCUCAUCCAAGAUUGCGGCCAUCGUCCGCGAGAGAUUUCUGGAAAAGUCUAGACGGGCUGGUUCAUACCAGAACGUUCAUGUCAGCUUCUCUCACGAUCCUUGUGAGAAGCCUAUGAAUCUCAUCACGCAGCUUGACAGUCCAUCGUCUGGUCGUUUCCGCAGCGACAGCGUCAGAAGUCAGGAGAAUCAUCCUGACGCCAAUGGCAACGGGCUCUCCCGUUCCAACACCCGCAAUGGGGGUGGUCUUAGCCGGCGCGAGUCGAGGCGCAGAGCUGCCAAGAAGGAUGCCGACGGAUGGCAGACUGUGACGCACAAGAAGUGA